AUGGUAAAACUGACCGCAGACGUGAUCGCCGAAGCCGCGCAGUUGGUGAAUCCCUGCAGAGAGCGCGAACUCAACCUGCGCAGCUACAAGUUCUCCGUCGUCGAGAACCUGGGAGCCACUCUCGACCAGUUCGACACGAUCAACAUGAACGACAACGACAUCAAAAAGCUCGAGAACUUUCCUUACUUCCAGCGACUGAAGAUUCUCUACCUCGCCAACAAUCGAAUCAGAAAGAUUUCAGCCGAUAUUGCUCACAAUCUCCCGAAUCUGGAGGAGCUUGUCUUGACCAAUAACGAAUUAAAAGAUCUUGCUGAUAUUGAUGCCCUGUCGGAACUUACGAAGCUCGAAUAUCUCUCACUUCUGGGCUGUCCGAUGUGUGCAAUUACCAACUACAGACUCUACGUUAUCUUCAAGCUGAAACAAGUAAGAGUACUUGACUACCGAAGAGUAAAAAAGGCCGAGCGCGAAGCAGCAAACAAACUGUUCUCUGGAAAGAAGGGAGAUAAGCUCUUGAAAGAAAUCGCCAAUACCUUCGUACCUGGCGGCGAACUGGAGGAGUUGCAGAAGAGAAAAGAGAAUGAAAUGCCUGCUGCGGAUAGGGAGAGGAUCAAAGAGGCAAUUUUGAAAGCAAAGACGUUGGAAGAAGUUGAAAUGUUGCAGCAACAGCUCCAAGCUGGCAUUGUUCCGGGCAAAAAAGCGAAAAAGGCUUCAAAUCCUGACGUGGAAGAGGAGGAAGAAGAGGAAGAAGAAGAAGAGAAAAUGGAAGAGUAA